AUGACUCAGGAGAUGGAGAAGAAGGAAGAGGAGGAGCAGAAGAAGCUGAAGAUUGCCAUCAUCGGCGGUGGUGUCAGUGGCUUAUCGGCUCUCUGGGUUCUGAACGAGUAUACGACACAUGAAGUGCAUAUCUAUGAGAAAGAUAGCUGGUGGGGCGGACACGCGCAUACUGUCGAGUUUCAACAACCUGGUAAAGAACCAUGUCAGAUUGAUACCGCUUUCAUCGCCAUAAACGCCAAAAACUACCCCAACUUCCACCGCUUCAUAACAACCACCUCCCACGCCGUCGACCUCAUCACCACCACCAUGUCAUUCUCCCUCAGCCGGGAUGGCGGUGCCUUCGAGUGGGCUAGUACCGGGUUUUGGGGGUUGUUCUGUCAGGGUGUUAAUCUGUUCAAACCCCGCGUAUACAGGAUGAUGUGGGAUAUCUUCCGAUUCCACAUCUUUGCAAAAGAUUUCCUCUCCUCCCCCCCAUCUUCUGCCGAAGAAGGGAUGAGCAUUGGGGAGUAUCUCGAUAGGGAACAGUAUAGUCAGGCUUUCAAGGAAGACUAUCUACUUCCCCUAACAGCAGGUAUCUGGUCCAUCCCCCCCGACAAAGUAGCCCUCGACUUUUCCGCGCUCGCGCUCAUCCGGUUCUUCCACAAUCACCAGAUGCUGCAGCUCUGGGGCCGGCCGGCUUGGUUGACUGUGAAAGGCGGGUCGGGGAGGUAUGUUGAUAAGAUUAUUGAAAGCUUCGGGAAGGGGAGGUUGCAUUUGGGGGAAGGGGUGCAGAGGGUCGUACCCCGGGGGGAUGGACGGUUUGGGGUUGUCGAACGCGGAGGGGAGGAGGUGGUUUACGAUAAAGUCAUCCUCGCAACACACACAGAUCAGGCCGUCCAGCUGCUCGGCGAGAAUAUAAGUGCGGAAGAGCAGGAAGUCUUGGGUGGGUGUGAGUGGAGUCCGAAUGAGGCCGUUGUGCAUUAUGAUGAAGCUUUGAUGCCUGUGAGGAAAAGCGCUUGGACUGCGUGGAAUUACCUCACGUCGACGACGAACGCUGUUGAGCCGGGCCACGAACCCAAAACAGCCGCUUCGGACGUCAGCACCAUCUCCAUCACAUUCGACCUGAACGUCCUCCAAUCCCUCCCUAUCGCCAAACACGGCCACAUCUUCGUAACCCUCAACCCUCCCACUCCACCAUCCCCCUCCAAAACACUCUCCCGAUGGGUAUACCACCACCCCCUCCUCACCCCCUCCUUGCUCUCAGCGCAAAAGAGACUCCCAUCCAUCCAAGGUGUUCGCGGGCUGUACUUUGCAGGCGCCUGGACGGGGUAUGGGUUCCAUGAAGAUGGGUGGCGGACUGGGAUGGAGAUUGCGUACCGCCCGGAGUUUGGGAUACCUGAAUCAGAAAUGCCCUGGGAGAUUGUCAAGGUUGACGGCCGGGAUAUCAAGAGAGAAGCGGGAGAGUGGCUCUUGAGACCACUGGUCGGUGGGAUCGAUUCGGCGUUUAAAGGGUUUGCGGGGUGGAUGUGGUGGAGUGCGGGGAUGUAUGUUUCUGUGAUUCAUAGGUUGUUUGGGGUGAAGACGAAGAGUGCUUAG